CAGUCUGUGGCAGUCAGGAGGCCAGGCCGAGUUGUGUGAAUUUGUCUCGAAAGAAAAGUAAACGAAACACACACAAAAAAGAAACCCUCAAAACGCAGUCAGGAAAAUUGCAAUUUCCAUUUAAAUUGAAGUAAAAUCGGAGUAGGAAAAGUGUGUGCAAGUGUCUGCAAAAUAAAUUGAACAGAAUGUGCAUUUGGAUGUAGGCUACUGGACAGCUGACUGGACUCGAUUCGAUACGAUUUCGGGCAGUGCAUUGCGGCGCAGUGCAGGACCGGGCAGUGCAUUCUCUGGAAGCAGCUCCAGCAGGUCCAAAUGCUAAUUAUCCCUAGAAAACGCUGCUAAGGAGAACUAAAAGGAAGCGGAAGCCUAUCCACCGAAACAUCAAUAUAAUAUACACUCCGCAGUACGUUCCCCAUGGCGCCAUUUAAGCUGAAGUUCCGCAUGGGCAGCUCCCGCAGCACAUCGCAAGAGCACGAUCCAGAUCCGCAGGUGAACGAGGCACUCUUGGGCAACCAGCAACAGCAGCAGCAGCAACAUCAGAAGCAGCAGCAACAGCAGCAGCAAGUCUCCGAAGUGGAGGCCAGCAGCAGCUCCAGCCUAGACCUGGCCGAUUGCAAUGGUCUGGGCCCAAUGAGCAGCGAGCGCAAGUUGCUGCUGCCACAGAACAAGGCGGCGCUCAGCCUGAACAGCAACAGUAUGCGUUACCAGAGCCGCACGCCGUGCAUCAACGAGUCGCUGACGGAUGACACAGAUGCCGUUGACAUUUUACCCACCACCCCACCGCCUUCCUACGAGCAUGUGCUAGAAGAGAACACACGCUUGUCCCAGCAUCAGCGAAAGGUGUCCCUGGACAGCGCCGUCACGCCCAAUCAGAACAGUCGCCGCAGCUCGGCGAACAGCUCGCGGCACAGUGCCGCCCAACUCGGUGCCGCCUUGGAGCAGCUGGAGGGGCGUAUCAGCAGCGGCGGCAGGAGCAGCAGCAGCAACAGCAGCACCGGCAGCAGCCUGUGCAACGAUCCGGACUGCCAGCAGAAUCUCAACCAGAAUUACUCACAUUGCGGGGGUAGCAGCAACAACAACAACAACAACAACGAGGGGGAACAGCUUGCCGAGGGGGUGUACGAGCUGGAGCAGCACAGCGACACGGAAUUCGAUUGCCCGGAGGAGGACCUCAACACGAUUAGCGUGAACGAAUUUCUGCUGGAAUCGGAAAUGGCGGCAUCCUCUUCCCGGUGCCAGGACAAGCUCUAUGGAGAUGGUGACGCUGACGAGAAUGAGACGGAGCAGGGCCAGUGCACGGACGACCAGUGUGCCCAGUGCACCGAGGAGCGCGAAGCGGCAGGGGAGGAGGCUACACACGACGGCGACGAGGCCAGCACCAGCAGCCAGGCGGCAGCCUUUUACGACCCGCUCUUGAAUCGCGGCAACUACGGCCACUACAACGAGGGUGGCAAUUCCCAUUCCAGGCCCGUCUCCAGCAACAGUCAGGUAUGCCAGGAAGCCUGCUGUUCCGGCUCCGCCUCUGGUUCGCUGGCAUCCCGCUCCCGCAGUGGAGGACGUCGCCAGCAACAGCAACAGCAGCAGCAGCAAUCGAAUUGCCAAACAAAUCUGCUCACACCGGAAAUGAUGAGCAACAAGACGAGCAAGGAGAUCUACAAGGAUCUGGCCAAGCAAUGGGGCAUCACAUGCAAAAUGUCCGAGAGCUGCCGCUGCAUGGACUGCCAGAGCAAUUACUUCGAUUGCGAUUACGAUGAUAACGAACAUCACAAGACAGACGGCGGUCUGGGCGCUGGCACGCCCAUGUUCAUCAGCGAGGUAAUGCAUGGCUCGGGAUGCACCAUUUUGUAGAGGAAAGUACCGAGGCUAUCCCAGACUAGAGCCGCUGUUGGGCUAUAUAGAUUUGCUGAACAAGAUGUCCCAUUGUCUUAUAGAAUUAGUCGAGAGUCAAGUUGCAUAAGUGAAUGUUCUAGGAUCUCCUGAGGGAGCAGCUUCACGUAAUUUGCACUGAAUGUUUUGCACACACACAAUUUGCAGUACAAGUGCACUGAUACCGUGGUUUGUUAUUAUAGAGUAUCAAAUAGUUCAUAGAAUGAAAUGGCCAGCCAGCGUGUGAAGGGCUUUAAAGAGAUCAAUUUGGGAAAUGCCACUUAGGCGGCGUUAGGUAUAUUUUUUGGUGUAGGUCACGUGUGGGGAUUUAUAGAUGUGUAAGCCAAGAGGCCAAGGGUUUGGCCAACAAUUUGCAAUCGAAACGAAUCGAAGAACUAGUUAUAACAUAGGCAUUAACCCACCUUGCAGAUGGAAUAUAUUCAUAGUAUCUCAAAGUGUGUUCUUUAGUCCUUGCCCCCCAAUGCACCACUAAGCUCUGUCGCAUCCUGUGGCAAAACUCGAGCUUAUCCCCAGAGAAGAUUUGCCCAAACAAUUUUGCUUUACUCGUAGUGUUUAUAUGUAUUUUUGUACAUGCAUAGAAGAAGCCUUUGAAAAUGCAUAAUCGUAGUAGCAGAAAUCGUAGGUUUUUUGUCUGGGAAUAUCAAUAUAGCGGUGGCAGAAGCAGCCCGGAAUGACACUACUACUACUACACGCAACUUUGGCAAAAUAUUAUCCAAAAAUCAAGCAAGCAACUAAGCUAGAGAUUAAGCUAAUCGGCACUUUUGUGCCCUGAAAGUCAAUGCGAAACUUCAACGAAACGAGGCGAGACGACACGACAUAUGGAACGAUGCAACGUUAAUUAAUUAAUUAAUUACUACUAAUCCGAAUGAUCUGAAACAAAAACGCAUGUAGUCUGAAGGUAAAUUAGUAAAUGUAUUUUGACCCAAAAUUUGGAAUCUCUAACGAUAGUUGAAGGACGGGGGGGUUUCAUUCGAUGCAGUUAAAAACCAAAAGAAAGUAGAAUCGAAAAUCAUUAUCGAUAGUAAAUGGCACAAACUGACCAAGUCUGUUGGCGCUAUUAGAGGGUAUUAAGUAGAGCAUUAAAUGGAUAGACAGAUAAAAGCAAAAGCUAAAAGAAAUGUUGAAGAAGUAAAUAAAUAUUCCAAUUCAAACGAACCGAACAGGCCUGGUCAAUGUUAGUUCAAUUCAAAAUGGAUCGUGGGAUCGUGAACACAAAUUGUAUUUCGAAUGUAACGCUUGAGCGCUUUGGUACUCGUGCAACAA